GUGAAGAUUCACAAGUGCAUUGAAUUUUGUAGUAAUGCUAAUAGACAGUUCUAUUUUUCUGUUAAACACUAGUAUAAAUAAUAUAAAUGCUUUUAGUACCUAGCACAAUAAGCUCAUGUAGAUGUGUUGACUUCAUAUCAAGUGAAAAUGAAAAGGUCACACCAAACCAGUAAAGGCAAAUCUUUCCCCAAGUUUCAGCCAAAAAGAAAGAAAGAUGAUGAUGCCCAUAUUGAGAAUACUGGAGAACUCCGGAUCAUUGACUUUGCUGAAUGCAGAGCGGCUGAGGUGGAAGCAUUGUCCCGGGUGAUCUCUAAGAUUGGUAGUGCUAAGACUGUUAGUCAACGUCUUCCCAGACACAUGCGCCGCCGUGCCAUGUCACACAAUGUCAAGAGGUUACCAAAACGGCUACGUGACGAAGCGCUAAAUAAGAUGAUAAAAAGUACAAAGACAAAUCCUAACAAAAAACCAAGUCGAAAAUUCAGACGGCGGCCCAGAAAUCUGCUUGAAGACUACAAUCGGCGUCAGAAGAAGUUUUCCUGGCUGGAGACUCACAUCUGGCAUGCCAAACGAUUUCACCUGGUUGAGAAGUGGGGCUACAAACUGGCGCACAGACCCUGUGACAAGAGUGCACGGGCGUGCUACCGAGCAGCAGCCAAACACUGCUUGCUUCAGGAUGUAUCCUUCAUGUGCUGUUUAGAAGUCCAGGGACCAGAAGACAAAAUUGUUGAGUCUCUUAAACGUAUUACUAGACCAGAAACAGGUCCAACUGUUGCAGCAAAGGCCUAUCUAAAUGGAAGAAGAUGUGGACAAACCAUAUUCUAUUCUCACAAUCAGUAUCCUGCUAAACCCAUUGCUCAGGUUUUCUUCAUGUGGAGGCCAUAUCAAUAUUCCUCCAACACAGUAGAAGGGAGACAACUAUGGAUUUGGUGUCAUCCAUCUUGUUUCGAACAAGUUAUGCAGGAGGUACAAAGAUGCUUCAGAGAAGAAGAUGCCCAUCCUGAGUCAAAAGGAAAGACAAUUGAAGAGAAGAAUGUUGAGGAACUGUCAGAAAAAUCCACUUUGAAAGAUUUCACUUCAUUGGAUGGAUUGAUCACUAUCAGGUCCUUGGAGGAUUCUCUUGUAAGAUUUAAACUCACAGGACCUCUGUGUCAGGCAGUACUGUCCGAGACUCUGCAGCCUUGUAAAAUUGAUGUUGCUGAGACUGAAAUCAACGGUGACCAUCAUGACAGUGCUUUGUGGUGGGAGAAAUACUUCUCUGUUGAUGACAAGAAGAAGAUAUUUGAUGAACAGAAAACAGCCUGGACUCAGCUGGCUGCAUGUCAGUCACCUGCUGAGGCCCCUCCCAGACUCGUUCUUGGCUUGACGGUCAGGGACCCGAGAGUUCUUCUUCCACAAAAGAGGUAUAUUGUGGAGGAAAGUGCACACGUUUUCACGGAUGUAAACACUCAUACAGUGCCAGCUUGUAUGGAUCAGUUACCACCAUGUGUGUCAAAUUCCCCACUCUGGGAAGUGGAUGUGAGAAAAGAUGUAAAGACUACCAAAAUAGCAGAACAUGAGCUGAACACACUUAGAGCCGAACAUCUUGUGCCAGGUACAUCCUUGGAUCUGGGACGGAGAGAAUCUCGCAUUCCUAUCCUAUUGAUUCAGCGACCUGGUUUUCAUCCACCUGCAGUCACAAGAAAUCAGAAUCGAAGCCGAAGUGGUUAUGGAAGUGGAUGGGAUCUCAUAGUUCCUGCUGGAUUUGGCAUGGCUUUCCACUUGGCGUUGGUCUACCGAGGAGCCCGAGUUGGAGGCCUGCAAGAGGCGAGGUGUGUGGCUAGGGAAUCUGAAGAGCUUAUCUUCCCAGACGACUUUCCUGACACCCCAGCCGGUGAGGUCGAACAACGGAGCCAGGCGGAGCAGCUGAAAAUGAAAUACGAGAGACGACCCCCAGCCAAGAGACCAAACUAUGUGAAGCUGGGCAUUUCAUCUCCGUUUUGUUGUCCCUGGCAACAGCUGGCGUCACAGUGGGCAUCAAAACCUAUUGAGGAGAGUGGUAUGAAGAUGGAGCAGGAUGAAGAUGUAGAAGGAAAGCAGUUUUAUGUUGUGAGGAAUAAAAAGGAACUGAAGUUGUUGCACACUCUUUUCAUUUCUGAAAAACCACAAAUGCCUGCAAUGCUGGCAUCAGCCGAUAAGAAAGAUCAUGUUGCCACUGAUGUCUUGAAGAUGGUUUAUAGGAAUAGAUUAGGUUUAGUUCCUGUGAUGGUCACAAUGAUUGGUCGUGGCGUUCCUUUAAACCUUGCCCAAAUAUGCAUUCCUACAGAAGAUGACCUGAAGUCACUGCAGCAUGACAAGACUUAUGCUGGGCCAAAAGAACAUUUGCAUCCAGAUCCUUCUCGCAAAAGGAAAAAGCUAAAAUCUGUAAAGAAGAAAAAUAAGGCCGAAAAGGUUGCUAAAAUAGCACCAAAUUCCAAAGCUGCUUCUGUAGACUCUGCUGCCAUGACAUCCACCACUGAUGACCAGUCAAGUUUACAAACCAUUGGUAACCAAUCUGUCUGUCGACCAGUUAUUGGCUAUGUUUCUUGUGGUGACUUUGCUCUAGGUCAAGGUCAGGGAGCUGGGAAGGGGUUUUGCUCUGUGGUUGGACUUCACCAGCUCCGGUGUGCGAUGUUGAAUAACAUCACAUGUAUAGCUCUUGUCCGAAACACAAAGUCCCUACAAUAUCGUUUUGCCUACAUCUCAUUGAUUAAUUCUCAUUAAGAGAAUACAACAGGUCAUUUGUUUAUAACAAUUAUAUUUUGAUAAUACAGCCAAUAGAGAAGUGUCUGGACUAGGCUGCAUUCAGUAAACUGGUUUUGUGCUCACUGACACAUGGCUUGAACUUAAUAGUGAUGCCAUCAGAAAUUGCUAUAGUUGGAAUAUGAAUUGCUAUAUGUCAUGGACAUUACCGGUGGCCUUUUUUCUGCUGCUGAAUAAAAAUUAUUGUAAGUUGAAAAGAUCAUUGUUGGUUUUUAAUGUUGUGUUUAUUUGUUACCAAAGUUACUGGUUUAAAAUUGCUGUAGGUCGACUCAAAACUGAUGUUGGUGAGCAAAAAACCCACACAUUUAAAAUUGCAAUAGGUAACAACUUAUAAAGUUUGAGCCCUAGUUCCUGACCUGUCGUAUUCAUUUAUGGUUAAGCACGCUAGUGAUCGUUUUCUAAUGUCAUGAGUCCUCGGUCAAACAUUGGAUUGGUACCACACAAAUUGCAGGCGUGAGUAACAUUAUAGUGUACUAUGUUGUCAAGCUGUUGCAGGAAUAAAAAUAAAUUAGCAUUAGCCCUGAGUUGAGGAGCUAUAGUUGGAUAUAGAAACAAUGACAUUAAGAAAAUCUUUUGAGCAUAAGUAUGUAUGGUUCUUGUUCAUAUUUACAUACAGAAAUAAAAUAAUUCUUAUU